CACAAUGAAGGUAUUUGUUAGCAGAACAACGAAGAAACCCUUCAGAGAGCACAAGAGGAAAAACAAGGCCUACUCCACCUUCAUCUACAAGAUCCGGAGAGAGGUUGGAAAUAAUGGGCCACAUUUGGCAUUACUUAAACCUAUUUGUAAAUUAAUGUCUCAGGGCUCGCCAACCCUAUUCCUGGAGCGCUACCCUGCUGGUGACUGCAUCCCCAUCAUGGACCGUUUAUUGGUGAACGAGUCUACCUGCCCGCGGAGGGUGCUGGUCCGUCUGGUCGGCUCCGAGGCCGCCCGCCUGUCACGGCUCAACAGGAGGAAAGUCAUCACCCAACUAGAGGUCCACACUGCCAUGGCACGGCUGAGACAAGGGAGAAAACAUGCCAGGCAACCGGGCGCCUGAAUGCUCUUAUGAACGCUUUUAAUUUUAUGUAUAUUUAAUAAAGAUGUCUUGUUUUUA